GGGUUGGGCGGACCCCAAGGGGAGGGCUUGUGGGUGAGUCUGGGUUCCCCGCCCGCUGAGGACAUGGAUGAGGACGGGCUUCCUCUCAUGGGGUCAGGCAUAGACCUGACCAAGGUGCCAGCUAUUCAACAGAAAAGAACGGUGGCAUUUCUAAACCAAUUUGUGGUGCACACUGUACAGUUCCUCAACCGCUUUUCUACAGUUUGUGAGGAGAAACUAGCAGAACUUUCUCUUCGUAUCCAACAAAUUGAAACAACUCUCAAUAUUUUAGAUGCAAAGUUGUCAUCUAUUCCAGGCCUUGAUGAUGUCACAUUUGAAGUAUCUCCUAUAAGUGCCCCCAGUAUGGCAAAUGAUUCACAUUCUGAAACCUCAUUAGAGCAAUCACAGCAGAACAGUUUACAAGACCAUGGACUACAGGAAAGUGAAGUAACAGCAGAAAAUAUCUUAACUGUAGCCAAGGAUCCAAGAUAUGCCAGAUAUCUCAAAAUGGUUCAAGUGGGUGUUCCAGUGAUGGCAAUAAGAAACAAAAUGAUUUUGGAAGGACUCAACCCAGAUCUUCUUGAGAGGCCAGAUGCUCCAGUGCCAGAUGGUGAAGGUGAAAAAAAUACAGAAGAAAGUUCAGAAAGUGAAUCUUCUUUUAGUGACUAGGCUUAAUUUUGAUAAGGUUCACAUAAACAUUUGUUGGUAUACAGUUACAUUCUAUAAGAGAGCCUCAGCUGAACUCUUAGUCAUAAAAGAAUCAAAUGGCCAUAUGUUCACCACCAAGCUUCCCCGAUGAUAAAAAUAAAACAUUUAUAACCUCA